UAUUUAUUUAUUUUUUACGCGGCAGGUCAAAGGCUACAAACAAAAUGGCGGAACACCGACGAGCUGCAGCUACAGCGCUGUGAGGCUCUACUUUAACGUCGCGGGGUCUCCUCGCUGCAGGAGCGGCUGAACGACUCUGUCGUCCUUUUGCCCCGGCACGGAGCUAAACGCGCCUCUCGGCUGUUUUCUGGAGAAGUACUUCCGCGGAGGACUUUACGCGCGUCUCCGGCGGAACACAGACCGAGGGGAGCCCACAGCCGGGCGGCAAGCAGCUGCAGACCUGGCCGGAGCAGAUCCGUUGCUAGUUGGAGCUCUACCUAACCCAGAGGGUCUCCGUGAGGUCCAGAGGGUCUCCUGCUGCGCUCCGCGAGGAGGAACGUCCCGGAUGCAUGAGCCGAAACCUCCCAGCAACAAGCAGCAAAGAUGAACAAGAAGAAGGAUAAGGGCUUCGAGAGCCCCCGGCCUUUUAAAUUGACCCACCAGGUGGUGUGCAUCAACAACAUCAAUUUCCAGAGGAAGUCCGUCAUCGGCUACGUGGAGCUGACCAUUUUCCCCACCGUGGUCAACCUGAACAGGAUCAAGCUGAACAGCAAACAGUGCCGCAUCUACAGGGUCCGCGUCAACGAGCUCGAAGCCCCUUUCAUCUACAAUGACCCCACCCUGGAGGUGUGCCACAACGAGUCCAAGCAGCGGAACCUGAACUAUUUCUCCAGCGCCUACACAGCAGCUGUAAGCGCCGUGGACCCUGACGCCGGGAACGGAGAGCUGGUCAUCAAAGUUCCCUCUGAGCUCUGGAAACAAGGAGACGAUCUGAAGGUGUUAAAGGUUUACAUUGAGUUUUCCUUGGACCAGCCCAAAGGGGGUCUCCACUUUGUUGUUCCUGAUGUGGAGGGCAGCAUGGCAGAGAGGGGCGCCCACGUGUUCUCCUUCGGAUACCAGAACUCCACAAGGUUCUGGUUCCCCUGUGUGGACUCCUAUUCGGAGCUGUGUACCUGGAAGCUGGAGUUUACUGUGGACGCGUCGAUGGUGGCCGUGUCCUGUGGGGACCUGGUGGAGACCAUCUACACCCACGACAUGAGGAAGAAGACCUUCCACUACGUGCUUCCCAUCCCCACUGCCGCUCCCAACAUCUCCCUGUCCGUGGGGCCCUUUGAGAUCCUGGUAGACCCCUACAUGCACGAGGUGACCCAUUUCUGCUUGCCGCAGCUGCUCCCUCUGCUCAAGCACUCCAUGUCCUACCUCCACGAAAUCUUCGAGUUCUACGAGGAGAUCCUGACGUGCCGCUACCCGUACGCCUGUUUUAAGACCGUGUUCGUGGACGAGGCCUACGUUCAGGUGUCGUCCUACGCCUCCAUGAGCAUCUUCAGUACCAACCUGCUCCACAGCCCGAUGAUCAUAGACCAGACCCCGCAGACCCGCCGCUGUCUGGCUCAGGCCCUGGCCCAGCAGUUCUUCGGCUGUUUUAUCUCCAGAAUGUCAUGGGCUGAUGAGUGGGUGCUGAAGGGCAUCUCUGGCUACAUCUAUGGCCUCUACCUGAAGAAGACGUUUGGCGUAAAUGAAUACCGCCACUGGAUUAAAGAGGAGCUGGACAGGAUUGUGGAGUAUGAACUGAAGAUGGGAGGUGUUCUGUUGCACCCCACCUUCAGUGGAGGCAAAGAAAAGGACAAUCCCACCCCCCACCUUCACUUCUCCAUCAAACACCCCCACACCCUGUCCUGGGAGUACUUCAAGAUGUUCCAGUGUAAGGCUCACCUGGUUAUGAGGCUGAUUGAAAACAGAAUCAGCAUGGAGUUCAUGCUACAGGUUUUUAACAAACUCCUAAGCCUGGCCAGUACAGCUUCGUCACAAAAGUACCAGAGCCACAUGUGGAGCCAGAUGCUCCUGUCAACUCACGCCUUCCUCAAAUCCAUCUCCAAUGUCUCUGGCAAGGACAUCGGCCCUCUGAUAAAGCAGUGGGUAGAUCAGAGCGGGGUGGUGAAAUUCUUUGGCAGCUUUGCUUUCAACAGGAAGAGAAAUGUGCUGGAGCUGGAGAUCCGCCAGGACUACACAUCCUCUGGAACUCAGAAAUAUGUGGGACCCAUCAAGGUGACGGUCCAGGAGCUGGAUGGCUCCUUCAACCACACGCUGCAGAUAGAGGAGAACAGUCUGAAACAUGACAUCCCCUGCCAUUCAAAGAGCAGAAGAAACAAGAAGAAGAAGAUUCCUCUGAUGAAUGGAGAGGAGGUUGACAUGGAUUUGUCUGCUAUGGAUGCCGACUCUCCUCUCCUGUGGAUCCGGAUCGACCCAGACAUGUCCAUUCUGAGGAAAGUGGAGUUUGAGCAGGCUGACUUCAUGUGGCAGUAUCAGCUGCGCUAUGAGAGGGACGUGGUUGCACAGGAGGAAGCCAUCACAGCACUGGAAAAAUUUCCAACUCCUGCCUCCAGAUUGGCUCUGACUGACAUCCUGGAGCAAGAGCAAUGUUUCUACAAAGUCCGCAUGCAGGCCUGCUUCUGCUUAGCCAAGAUUGCCAAUGCCAUGGUGAGCACGUGGCAGGGUCCACCAGCCAUGAAGUCGCUCUACACCAGAAUGUUUUGCUGUAAGAGCUGCCCCAACAUCGUCAGGACGAACAACUUCAUCAACUUCCAGAGCUACUUCCUGCAGAAGACGAUGCCGGUUGCCAUGGCUUUACUCAGAGAUGUACAGAACCUCUGUCCCAAAGACGUCCUCAACUUUAUACUUGACCUAAUCAAGUAUAACGACAACCGGAAAAACAAAUUUUCAGAUAACUACUACCGUGCAGAUCUGAUCAAGGCCCUGACCAACUCCCUCACUCCGGCCAUCAGCAUCAACAACGAGGUGCGAACAGUGGACAACUUAAAUCCUGAUGUGCGUCUCAUCCUGGAGGAGAUCACGCGCUUCCUGAACAUGGAGAAGCUGCUGCCGAGUUUCAGGAACACCAUCACUGUUAGUUGCCUGAGAGCUAUUCGCCAGCUCCAGAAGAACGGACAUAUUCCCAGUGACCCGUCACUCUUCAGGGCCUAUGCUGAGUACGGCCAGUUUGUAGACGUUCGUGUUUCUGCACUGGAAGCUCUGGUCGACUACACAAGAGUUGAAAAGAGCUCCACAGACCUGCAGUGGCUGCUUGACAUGGUCCAGAGUGACCCGAUUCACUACGUCAGACAUAAGGUUCUGGGCAUGCUCUGUAAGAACCCGCCAUUCACCAAGACGGCAGACUCAGGUCUAUGUAAUGAAGCUCUGGUCGAUCAGCUCUGGAAACUCAUGAACUCAGGUACCGCCCACGACUGGCGCCUGCGCUGCGACGCCGUCAACCUCUACUACACGCUGUUCGGCCUGACCAGGCCGUCAUGCCUGCCGCUGCCCGAGCUGGGCCUGGUGCUCAACCUGAAGGAGAAGAAGGCUGUCCUCAACCCCACCAUCAAGCCCGAGCUGGGCGUCAGCGUCGUCAUGGACACGCCGGCCAGUAUAGGCAUCCACGGCGUCGGGAUGAGCUACGCAGCUGUGGAUGAAGAACCGGACCCUGUCUCGUUGGGGGUGUGUGGUGUGGGCCAACCCCCUCAGGGCCUCAAGAGGAAGGCUGAGACCCCUUUGGGUUCCCCCCCGGAGCCAGGCCAGAUCCUGCAGCACCAGGAUGACGACGGGAGAGCGGGCCGCUACAAGAUCAGGUUCAACACCAUGGAAGAAGAAGACAUCGAUAUGGAGACUGUCCACGACAGUCAGGCCUUCAUUCACCAUCACCUCAACCUGCUGGACAGGCCGUCCACACCAGGUAAAGAGCCGCCGCUGGUGGAGCAGCCCCUGCUGUCCAUGCCCGCCACUCCUCUGCCCCCCUUCUCCAAGGAGACCGCCUCCCUGUCUUCCAAGCACGGAGGGGACCACGGCCACCACCACCACCAUCACCACCACGAGCACAAGAAGAAGAAGAAAAAGCACAAGCACAAACACAAGCAUAAGCACAAGCAUGAAAGCAAGGACAAGGAGAAGGACCGAGACAGGGACAACUCGUACGCCUACAGCAACAGCCCGGCCAGCGGCAGGUCUCUGCGCUCGCCCUCGCUCUCCGACUGAACACCGGGAGGACGUUUGGCUUCCAGCCGCGGCUUGUUCACACAUGCCGUCUGCAACAUCUGCGGGACAGGCGCAGCCAUCGGUCCCACGGAGGGCGGAGACCCGUCUGUGUCCACAUGCGGCUCCGCCUGUUUUCUUCUUCAGUCCUCAGCAGUGUCAUCUGACUCCACUGCAUCCUUCAGCAGAACCCGAUCAAACGGAACCCAACUGAGGCUGACGUGUCAAAAAGUGAACCCUUCAAACAUCCCUGCACACACACACACACACACACACACACACACACACACACACACGCUGCAGCCUGCCAGCCUUAGCUGACCUCAUAAUCUCUUCCUCUCCAAACAAAGUGACCACUCUGGUGACCCUCAGCCCACACCUGAGUGAGCGGCUCCUGAGGUUAAGCAGAGCCAUGAGUGU